AUGCCCUCGGCCGAUGGCCCUAGCACGGAGAGCAUUGCCAUGGUGGACUUUGCAAAGACGAGGUCAGGCACAGCAAAUCUGCCAGCGCCGCCUCAGGAGACCACAGGUCUGCGUCGUCGUUUCAGCAUCCGACGAGCCUGGACGCACCAUCGAGAGCAGACGAUAAACGACCGUAACCGUCUAGAAAGCGCUCUCCUGAACGUCGAAUCCGAAGAGCUCUACCGCCAACGAAGGCGAAGCUCGGCUGUUGACAUGGAGAUGGUUGCUGAGCUCCUGGAGAAGGACCACCUCGAUACCGACACCCACGGCAUCUCGGAAAUCCGCGAUGGAUGGUUCGACGCCAUCUACCUCAAGCAACGGCCCCUCGACUACCAAAGGCUCAUGAGACAUGCAGAAUCUACUCUCCCUGCCGCUUUUGCGAAAGACCCGCCUCUUUCCUUGCACCACUUCCUGCCCAAACAGAGACGUCAACUGCGAUCUGUAUUCUUCAAGGUCAUGACCACGAGGUCGGGCGUCAGGCUCUUCAAAGCUUCUCUCGCCUUCUUCAUCGCGUACUGCCUAUGUCUUGCCCCGCAGGUGAGGGAGUGGCUGGGCCGUUACAACUACAUCAUGGUUGUUUCUGUCAUCAUCAAUCACCCUGCCCGGCCAAUGGGGCCUCAGCUCGACGGCACCAUUCUCACCAUUCUCGGCACCAUCUCAGGUCUUGCCUGGGGUGUCAUUGGCCUCAUCCUGUCGUAUUCCACCGUGGAUGCCCGUACGGGCUAUGGUGCUAUUCUUGCCCUUUUCUUCUCCAUCUUCAUUGCCUGUGUUGCAUACAUCCGAGCCUACUGGACUAGAUUUUACCAGUUCUCGAUUUCCGCCGGCAUUGCCAUGUGCUACAGCUGCCUCGCCGAAGUGAACGGCGAACAGGUUAGAUAUAUCAAAUUCUGGUCGUACGGCAUUCCAUGGAUUAUGGGCCAGGCUAUUUCUCUAGUCGUCAACCUCGCGUUCCUCCCCGAUGCUGGCUCUCGUGCUCUGGCCGAGACACUUCACGAGGCUUUCCUCAUCAUGCAAGACGCCCUGGAAAUUCCCAGACCGCGGAACGUACUCCUCAGGCGGUCCUUGGCCCGCGUCUUCGUGGCAGUUGGCGUCGCAUACCGCGACCUCCGCCUCGAUGUAUCUUUCACGCGAUAUAACCCCGUCGAGGUCCGUGAGCUGCGCAACCUAAUACAGGGUGUCAUUCGUUCGAUUUUACUGCUCAAGACCGAAACCAGACUGUUCGAGAGCUGGGAUGUGCCCGAGGCUGGCAUCGUUCCCGUCACAGUCACUGCGUUUGAGGCUGUUGCCACGCAUGUUGACGGCUCUACGGAGGCUUCCUCUGGUGAUACCAAAACAAUGCCGGGAGAUGAUCCAGACGCAUUGCUCCGACUGGUUGCCUUGAAACUGGCCGCGCCUACCGAGGACAUGCUGUUGCACAUGAGAAGCGUCAUUCGCUCAUGCGAUGCUGCGCUCAUGGACAUGUCCGGCUACCGCUCGGCUCUGGGACCCCCGAAAGACGAAGCGUACGACGUUGAUCAGGCCAAGAAUCUUUUACGCCAGGCAAUCGACGGUUUUGAUCAAGCAGAUCAAGAGCUACAGUUGUCGGGCGUCCUACCCGACACACUUCGCAUCAAGGAGGUCUCCAACAUUCUUGUUUUUGCACAUCACAUUCGUGGUGCCGCUGGCUCGAUAGACACUUUGGGUGUACACGUCAACGAUAUGAAGCAGAGCGCGGGACGGCCCAAGUUCUACCUUCCGACAUACUCUCUCCACAAGGCCAUCAACUACGCCAAUGCGCAGAUCAGACGAGACCGCGGAGGCGUGUCGGCCACCAUUCAGUCUAGGGAACACCGGCCUGCUCCGAGGUCAAGAAAGAGCUCCAUAUCAGGUGCGACAACUCCGCUGGAGAGGUCACCGACCACCAUGGAGGCCGAGGAGAUGCCCAAACCAGAAGCGAAACACAACAAGUUUGGAUACCAGAUCUGGCGCAUCCUGCAUCGGCUGCAGGGAUUCGAGAGCAAGUAUGCGCUCAAAGUCUGCAUGCUCACUGCGUUGCUGGCCAUUCCAGCCUGGCUCGAGAAGAGUCGAAGCUGGUGGAACCUAGAGGAGUCCUGGUGGGCGGUCGUCAUGGCAUGGGUCAUGGUUCAUCCGAGGAUCGGUGGCAACAUGCAGGAUCUUCUUAUGCGAGCACUCUGCGUCACCCUCGGGGCUGUCUGGGCUGGGAUCGCGUAUGCUGCGCGCGACGGUAACCCCUAUGUCAUGGCCGUCUUUGCCCUCAUCUACAUGCUACCAAUGCUUUAUCGCUUUACCCAAAGCUCCCAUCCGCGUUCUGGCAUUGCCGGAUGUCUGUCUUUCAGCGUCAUCUCCCUGGCACUCGUCACGGCUGAUGAGCAUCAAUCCGCCGCUCGAAUGGCUGCAACACGCGGACUGGCGUUUCUUGUUGGCACUGUCAGCGCCGUCAUGAUAAACUGGAUUCUAUGGCCGUUCGUCUCGCGCCAUGAACUUCGAAAGGCUCUGUCCUCCAUGCUGUUCUUCCAAUCUGUUCUCUACAGAGGUGUGUUGUCCAAAUAUGUCUAUUACGAAGAACAGAAACAGCCCACAAAGCAAGACAUUGAACGUUCAGAGAUGCUCGAGGGUCGUCUCCGUGAGGGCUUCGUCCGAAUCCGCCAGCUCCUCAUCAUGACACGGCACGAGCUCCGCCUCCGUAGCCCUUUCGACCCGCUGCCCUAUUCAGCGCUUGCCGACGCUUGUGAGAAUUUCUUUGAGCAUCUCAUCGCUGUGCGCCAGGCUGCGCUCAACUACGACCCCGGCUAUGUUCGCGACAAUGACGCGGCAGCUGAGAAACUACUAUCUUACCGGCGUGAUGCUGUGGCUUGUAUCCUGAGCAACUUGUACAUCCUCGCUGGGGCUCUCAAGUCUGACCGCAAGGUACCUCGGUAUCUCCCCAGCGCAGCUGUGGCCCGCAAACGGCUCCUCGACAGAAUGGCCGAGAUUGAAGCCGAAGAGCUCGCCGCGCACAAGAUGCAUAGAAAAUCAACGGAACUACACGUCUCACUCGCAUCCAAUGGGAAAUGGGCCCAGGUCUAUGGCUUUGCUUUUAACGAGAGCUUGACGGGCUGUGUCGCGCAGUUGGAGGAGCUGGAGCGUUAUACAAAACUCAUCGUUGGCGAGCAAGGGUUUGAUGACGAGUUCAGAGGCGACGACUCUGACACAUCGGACGAAGAGGAGGACGAAAGGAUACCCCAUCACAAGUGA